GGGACUGGUCGGCCAUUUUGCUGCGAGUCAGGGCAGCGGGAGGCCGGUGCCGGGGAACCGCGCGGUCAACUCCAAGCCGGGGCGAAAAUGCGCAUCGAAAAGUGUUACUUUUGCUCGGCGCCGGUGUAUCCGGGUCACGGCAUGAUGUUCGUCCGCAACGACUGUAAGAUUUUCAGAUUCUGCAGAUCAAAGUGUCAUAAGAACUUUAAGAAGAAGCGUAAUCCAAGAAAGGUCAGGUGGACAAAGGCCUUCCGGAAAUCGGCUGGCAAAGAAUUGACUGUGGAUAACUCAUUUGAAUUUGAGAAACGUAGAAAUGUACCAGUCAAGUACCAGAGAGAACUGUGGUCUAAGUCAGUUGUGGCAAUGAAAAGAGUUGAGGAAAUCAAACAGAAGCGUCAAUCAAGAUUUAUUAUGAACAGGUUGAAAAAAAGCAAGGAGUUACAGACAAAAGCAGAUAUCAAAGAGGUCAAGCAAAACAUCCAUCUCAUCAAAGCUCCUCAUGCAGAGAGACCAAAGAAAUUGGAAGAGAAGAUGGUACAUAUUUUACAAGAAGAUUCGGAAAUGGCAGAAGAAACUUAACUUGCUAUUUGCUGUCCAGAUGGAGUGAAUAAGAAACAUGAAUCAAAUCUCAUGACUUAACUGUUUUGCAAGCUGUGGUCAUUAACUAUUUGUGGAAUUUAUCCAGCAAUAAUCCACCAACACUUAAUAAACCACCUGAUCCCCAAAAUUUAUACAGGACAAUCUGUAAGAAAGAAAUGUUAGGUGGAGGUACAAAUUCACUUAUCUGGAUAUUGCACAACAGGGUGAUUAGGCUCAUGGGUCAAAUUACGAGAGCCUUUAGACAAUAGUUUGGAUACUGAUGGUGUAACCUACCUUUGUUAUAUUAUUAAUGAAUCUUUACCUGCAGUUUUUUUAAAAUCUAGGAUUAUUGAAUUAUCCUCAAACCAUCAACUAGAAUAUACCAUUUUACGAAAGUGGGAAUGCAGAAAAUAUCCAAAAGAUCCAGCAAUUUGGGAGUGUGUUUUGAUAUUAAUGUUCUGGUCUGAUGACAACAUUCCCCCCCCCCCCCAGCAGUGUGAAGUAUAUAUUUUCAAAGUAAUGUUGACUGACCUGCCCUCUUGAAAUGUAGUCGGCUUUAAACUUGACACGGAUGAUUUCCAGUCAAUAAAUUUAUUUUCAUCAAA